CUCCGUUGCUCAUGGUUACUCAUCAAGGAGGGAAGCAGCUCCAAGGUUUCGGGCAUAAAAUGGAAAACCUGUUUGAGCUGUUCCGGUCUCAGAGAAUUCACAAAGUGACAAUGUUCCCUGUAACCACGAGAGGACGACAACUCCCAGAACUCGGUGAGGGGCCACAGUGGAGUUUGUUUCUAUGUCUUUUUCUACUGAACUCUGGCACAGUCAGGAGCUUGCAGUUUGUGUCAGACUGUGUGUGUGUGAGUGAGAGCUCAGUGCGCAGUGCUCUGCCCUGCUCACCCUCAGCCUGCGCUCAGCCAAGACAAUGUUGAGAGAGUACACAGCACAGCCUCUACUCACUGAUCUCUACCAGUUCACCAUGGCCUAUGGAUACUGGAAAUGUGGGAGAGAGCAGACGAAUGCUGUCUUUGAGUUAUACUUCAGAGAAAACCCCCGAGGCGGAGAGUUCACCAUCUUUGCUGGCCUCCAGGAUUGUCUGCUGUUCCUCUCCAAAUUCAAGCUAAGGGAGGAAGACGUCAACUUCCUGCGGAAGGUGCUGCCCCCAACCACAGAGCCUGGUUUUUACGAUUACCUGCGGAACAUUGACACUUCAGCGGUUACACUGCGGGCUGUACCUGAGGGAUCAGUGGUCUUUCCAAAGGUUGCUCUGUUGGAAGUUGAGGGGCCUCUGGCUAUUCUUCAGUUACUGGAAACCCCACUGCUCACUUUGGUGAACUACGCCAGCCUCGUGGCCACCAACGCAGCCAGGUUCAGGCUGGCUGCUGGACCCAGGAAGCGGCUGCUAGAACUCGGCUUGAGGAGAGCACAGGGCCCGGACGGAGGCCUCUCAGCCUCGAGGUACUCCUACAUUGGAGGAUUUGACGGCACUAGUAAUGUCAUCGCUGGGAAACUGUAUGGCAUUCCACUGUUUGGAUCCAUGGCGCAUUCUUACAUCACUUCUUUCACUUCAAUGUCAGAAGUCAAGGUUCAGACUUUGAAACCUGCAUCUGAGGGAGAGCCGGAGGUGAAUUUUGUCUCUCUGUGCGAGAAGUGGCUCUUUCAGGUCUGCCACCUUCUCCAAAUGCCUCAGAAUCGAACCAAUUCCUCGGAGUUUGCAGCCUUCAUCUCCUACGCCAUGACUUACCCGGGACACUUCAUCGCCCUGGUCGACUCGUACAGCGUAAUGAGCAGCGGAGUGCCCAACUUCUGUGCUGUUUCCCUGGCCCUCCACGAAUUGGGCUACAGGGCGAGGGGUCUGCGGCUGGACAGUGGUGACCUGCUCGAGCAGUCACUCAGGAUACGGGGCUGCCUACGGACCUGUGCUAACCAAUUCGGGGUCUCCUGGCUCGCAGCUGUACCCAUCAUCAUCAGCAACAGCAUCAGUUUGAAUGAUCUCAUUGACUUACAGCAACAGGAUAACGAAGUGGACUGUAUCGGUGUGGGCACUAACCUGGUGACGUGCCCAUUACAGCCAUCCCUGGGCUGUGUCUAUAAGCUGAGCCAGGUCGAUGGAAAAGCUCGGGUCAAAGUGACGGAAGACGAAGGGAAAAUGACUCUCCCGGGAAAGAAAGCCGUUUACAGACUGUACGGCCCUGACGGGAGCCCCUUCCUCGAUCUCCUGACUCUGUUGAAGGAACCUGAGCCAAAGGCCAACGAGGAGAUUGAGUGUCAUGCUCUGACCAGGAGAGAAGCUGGUUUCCGGGUGACGGCUGCUCGAGUGGGGACCCUCCAUCAGGUUUACUACCAACACGGCCAGCUUUCUGAGAGCCUCUGUACAACAUCCGAGAUCAGGACGCAUGCCCAGAACUCCUUAGAUAACCUCGCUCCAAAACACAAGCAUCUUCAGGAUCCUGUUCCCUACCAGGUUGCUAUUUCGCGGAAGCUCCGUGACCUCCUCAAUGACCUCAUCAAGAAGAGUAACCCAAGUACUCAGUGUCCCGAAUGAGCCAAUCACAUCGAUGCUUCCUGUAGGUGUCAACAGCCAAUCAGAAAAGACGGAAGAAGUUUGGAAGGAUUGAACUGAAACCAGAUAAUGCCGAAGGUCAUGGUCUUUGCAGUCGUCAGGACAAACAUGAGAAAGCCAAAUCUCAAAUGACAUUACCAAUUGCAACGAGUAACUCUACACUCCCAAACUCCCAAUAUACAUCCCAGCAAUUGGCUGACUGAGUCAAGUUCCUAAUUAGCAGAGCACAGACUGUACUCGACCAGCCCAUACUUGCAAAUCCCAAAAAACAAUGUGAUGGAUUCUGUAAUUGAGUAGCAUUUGUUGAACAAUCCAACUGUGGCAAUAAUGGUACUCAUGACUGUGGUUAGGGGAGCAGGGGUUAAAUAAUUAUUCUUCUGUAGCAGUGAAUAAUUCCCACGUAAACCCUAAAGACCAGUUUCAGCAGGAUUCUGCACAUGAACAUCGUACGAAACAGAGCCACUAUUAGCAAAAUAAAAUCCCAGAGGCUUUGAAGUCACAAGGGAAGUAGAAAGAGGGAAGUGAUGUAGAAUGGGGGAUAACAGUGCCAAGCUAAAGAUUAAUGGAAUCUUGAUUGGGCAAGAAGACAAUAGCAAAUUUAAUCCAAUGCUCAGAAUUUGUGUGAAAUGAGAUUGGAAUUUGGAUAACAGGAUGCUUAUAUGGGUGGAGAUGAUUCAAAGCUACUGCAUUUUCCUCUGUUCCUCCAGUUUCCAUUCUAACUCGUUUGGAAUGGUCUCUGUCUCUAUGCAUAUUUAAAUAAACGAUCAGAACCCUG